GUCAAGUUCACAGACCACAUCGAGAGACACAAGUGGUAGUGUGGCACCAUGAAUCUUCUGUUGGAGACUUUGUUGCUGGCUAAUUUGGUCCUGUGUUCAGGAUAUGUAGUCCCUUCUAAUACACCGGUUUUGAACUGUGAUGAUGAAGAGGCCCAUCAGGCAGCUGCAGAAGCAGUACGGUACACCAAUGCACAUCACCAUAAUGGAUACUUGUUCGCUUUAAACCGGGUUGAGAAAAUUAUACCACUUCCUUCGCAUGGGGGAGAUGAAAUUUAUCUUUUCGAAUUAGAUUUGUUGGAGACCGUAUGCCCACAUGUGAGUUCAACACCAAUAGAACAAUGUCCUGUGAGAGCAAAGAUUGAACAGGCAGUAGAAGCAGAUUGUGAUUACAAAAUGAGGAAGCAUAAUAACACUUAUGAGGUCCUUCAAGCAAAAUGCAAGUCUGAAUUAAAAUCAGCGGAGAAGUUACCUCGGGUGUGCCCAAAUUGUCCUCACAUCACACCUCUUAAUGACACCCGGGUUGUGCAUGCGGUUGAUGUGGCACUUCAUAAAUUCAACAGUGGAAAUACUACAAACUUUUAUAGCCUCCAGGAGAUCGGCCGUGGGAGGAUUCAGCAAGGUGUAGGCAAUACAGCCAUUGUUGAGUUUAUUGCAGCAGCAACUAACUGUAGUAAAGAAGAUGCAGCAUCUGGUUUGAAUAAAUGUGUGAAAGAAGAUGGUCCAAAGGCUCGAUAUGCCGCUUGUUCCGCUUCAGUGGUGAAAGUCCCUGGAGUUGCUGAUGAAGAUGUUGUUGAGACAUGUACAAUCCAUGAAGCCCAGCCCCAAAAAGACGCUCAAGCCCCACUGCCUGGUCCAGUGGCACCUGUCCCACAUCAUUUUAUACCCUCACGUUUCCACCAUAACCUUCACUUUAAUAACCUGAGUCCACACUCAUCCGAAUCCAACUCUGCAGAACAACAUCUUCUGGCUGCUCAUGCACAACGGGCUGUCAAGAGGUCAUUGACUGGAAAACCUGUACAUGCCAACGUGAGAAGGCUUCCUUUGUGCCCUGGGAGAAAAAUACACUUUUAAACUUCCAAUCUACUUACUUUUGCUUCCGCUCAUCUAUUCCUUGUUGAUCACUGAGAUGUCAUGUUUUCUAGGCUGUCACUCAGUAGCAACUGGUAAUCAAACGCAGUUGAAAUUAACUUGAUCUACAACACAGAGUCUGUGAAGAGAACUAGAAAACAUGUCUUGUUAGGCC